AUGGCAUUUGGUGAAAUUACGGUUUUCUAUCAACGGUUGAAUCUUCUUGAGGGGCAACACUCCGACGAUAUGGCUUUCUCUACUGAAGCCAUGCGUAUCUUACGUGUCCCCGCAGAGAUGCAAAAGCGUGUGGACCAAUACUUCCGAUAUGUUCAUUCAAGCAGGGACACGUUUGCUCUAACGAAGCUCAUGAGUUCCUUAAAUGAGCCUUUGUUGGAAGAGCUUAAACUGCAUCUCUACAAAGGUCUUCACUGUGAUCCAGAGUUCACCAAGCAUGUCGUAAUGAGACUCGAAGACAAGAUUUAUUCUCCAGGAGACUACAUCAUUCGCGCUGGCCAGCAAGGAGACUGCAUGUUUUUUAUCAUAAAAGGCAGCGUAGAGGUUCUUUCCGCUGAGGGUAACGUCAUCAUGACUAAGUCUGGUGGAGAUUACUUUGGAGAACUGGCUCUUCUAACAGUAGGUACCAAGCGGUCGGCAACAGUGAAAGCAAAAACAUUUACAGCCUUGGCACGUCUCUCCGCUGAGCACUUUGACGAAGUACUCGUCCGGUUUCCUCAUGAGUUACGUAAUGCAUUCAGAGGCUUUGAUUUGAUGGCGGGAGAAGAUCUAGAUUCAGCCUUUGAACAAGCACAGAAACGUAUCCACUACCGUUACAGGCUUCUUAAGGGAUUGGAUCCACCUGAUUUGCCAGAAGAAAGGAUUCAGGGGCAAGGCUGA